ACGAAAUACACAUUGAAUAACUAUUUUUAUCAGAUUUUGUUGCAUUGGUCAAUAAAAAUAAAAUUUACAACGUUAAAACAAUUGAAUUUCAUUUUAAUGUUGUUGUUAUUUUCAGCACUACAAUGCUUAUAAAUAUCAGUUCAAUGAAAAUCAUUCUACUAUGUAUUAUGUUAGAUGUCAAUACUGUAUUUUGUAAGGUGAUGUGGAGUAGAUGGCUGUGGUCUUCAACAGAUGAUCCUCUCAACAUGCGAAAAAAUGGAGUAAAUUAUAAACAACGCCUUAGUGUAUCUUCUAAUGGCACUUGUGAAUGUCCUCCAAAUAAAGAAUGUACUCCUGACUAUAAAAUUAAUGAAGACAUUUUACACUUCCAAAAACUUCGAGGUAUUAUAAAUGAUCGAGAAUUCAGAAGAUUUCACGAAGAUAACUUCUUAAAUGUCACAAAUAAUAUACAACAACGAAUAAGACGAAACAAUAUGAAUGAAGAGUGUUGUUGUCCAAAAUUAACGAUAGAGCAACCAGCGUUUAUCACAGAUAAAAGAUUUGAUGCAGUUAUCGAGAGAUUUAAGAGUUAUAAAACAAAAUCUAAUUAGACGAUACUAAACGCCACAGAUAAAACUCAUUUAGUGCUUCUAUGAAAGGUGCAUUUCAGCUUUGCAUAGGAAACUUCUAUUUCACAGCAAAAGGAAUGUUCAGGAUAAUACAAUAUAACAGUUGUAACGUAGUCCUGUUUGCAAAUAUUUCUAGUAACAGGCAUACUUCAAGCUACGAAUGAAACAUUCCAGCUUCGAGUUCAAAUAUGAAAUUCCGUUAAUAGACUUUAUAUGAAAAUACCUUCAAAAGUGCAGAGAGGAAUGACUGAAUGCAAAGCAUAUUUAAUAACAGUUCAAUUUAGAAUGUUAAAGGCAUUGUUUAUUCAGAACGCGUAAAAUUGUAAUAAAAAUUGAACGUAUUACAAUUCUAUUUUAUUAUUACUUGUUUGCAGAGCUAGAUAUUCAAUAUAUUAGUUCGGAUCACUACAUAAUACUUCAAUGAUGCAGUGGAUUACAAUCUCAGUUCUGAUAAUAAGUUAUUGUCUUGAUAUUCGCGGUGAAAGCGCUUCAGAAAAUAAUCAUUGCGGAAGAGGUAAUGAUUCCAUAUAGAUGCAAUUUCUUUUAAAAUGCCUACUAAGGCAAGAUUAUCAUGUUAACAAUGAUAUUUUUGUGAUCUCUGAUUUAUUAUAUUUUAGGAGACUGUACUAAAAAGCCACCAUUAAUUUUAAUUCCAGUUAUCAUAAAACUAUUCCGAUAUCCAAAAUUGUAUAAUAUGGAACAUCAAAGUGAUACUCAAGUACUAAAGAAGU